AUGGAAGCACAUUAGUUAGAUGAACUUAAACGAAAUUAUAGCCUCAGAAAAGAAAAAGUUAACCAUAACAAAUAUCCCGCCACGUCCAGAAAGAAGUGCCGUCGCGAUUGCUGACGUGUACUUGUACAAUCACCAUGACAGUACAAACCUCGUGUCUCCCAUAAUAAUAGUAUCAUCGUUUGACUUGCCAGCUUUACAGUGUUAGCUGCCUCCUAUGAUGGGAGGAGUGUCGGGCGGCGACGACGACUUCGUUCAAAUCCACCAACCGAACAAGCCCGGCGACCCUUUCAUCAUCACCUUCAAUUGCCCCGACAAAACCGGUCUCGCUUGCGAUAUCUGCAGAAUCAUUCUCGAUUUCGGUCUCUGCAUCACCAAAGGAGAUGUUUCAACCGAUGGAGUGUGGUGUUACUUUGUGUUAUGGGUUAUUCCACACUCCGUCUUGCUUCCUAUCACUUGUUCUUAUCUGAUUCUCAAAGAACGACUUCAGGAAAUUUGCCCGCCUUGUUUAGCCUCCUUUUAUAUCAUUCAGCAACCUUCCAGAUCUUCUCCUGUCUAUCUGUUGAAGUUCUGUUGUCUGAAAAAGAAAGAAAUGAUCAAAGUUAUUAGCAAUAUUUUGGUUCUGUCAAACAUCUUAAUGCAGCUUCUCAACUGCCAGUUAUAUUUCAAGGGCAUACUGUUGCUUAUAAGUAAUCAUCACUUGCUUCAAUUUUCUUUUAGGGAACUUUUACACACAAGAAAUCGACAGGAUGAGACAUGUGAAAGAUUGAAUGCUGUUCUGCGAGACUCGUGUACCAGCUGUGAACUCCAAUUGGCAGGUCCAGAAUAUGAAUAUAAUCAGGGUAUCUCUUCUCUGUCUCCUGCAAUAGCCGAGGAGCUAUUUCGAUGUGAGUUAUCAGAUAAUCAAGUUCGUUCUCAAGCUCUUACCCCUGAUAUGACUAAGUUGAAGAAAGCCAAUGUAGCAAUAGACAAUUACUUAAGCCCAGCUCACACGCUAGUUCAAAUACGAUGUGCUGAUCACAAGGGUCGUCUUUAUGACAUUAUGAGGACUUUGAAGGACAUGAAUAUGAAGAUUUCAUACGGCCGAUUUUCACCCAAUUCGAUGGGGUAUCGUGAUUUAGAUAUAUUUAUUCAGCAGAACGAUGGGAAAAAGAUUUUGGAUCGGGAGAAGCAGAGUGCACUCUGCUCUCAUUUGAAACAAGAAAUGCUUCAUCCAUUGCGAGUAAUCAUUGCAAACCGAGGACCAGAUACUGAACUGUUGGUCGCUAAUCCAGUUGAGCUAUCUGGAAUCGGAAGACCUCGAGUUUUUUAUGAUGUCACAUUUGCUCUCAAAACACUUGGAAUUUGUGUUUUCUCGGCUGAAGUAGGACGGCAUUCAACUUCAGAGCGUGAAUGGGAAGUGUACAGAUUUCUCUUGGAUGAGAACUGUGAGUUUCAAUUAACAGGUGUUGCUGCUAGAAAUAAGAUUGUAAAUAGGGUUCGAAGAACCUUAAUGGGUUGGUAAGCAGUACAUUUUUUAAUACAACAAUAUGUAUUAUGUAGCAUCCGCCAUCUGGUGUUGCAAUGUGUGCCAUGUACCAUUGAGUGUCUUCUAAUUAUUUUUUAUAUGUUGAUCAUUGGUUGUUCGCUUUGUAAUUACACUAGCCUGUAUUUGAUCUUCUUGGUGUUCUUUA